AUGCCUGGCUCAGAACUCAUUUCUAAUGGGUGGUUUCGUGAGGAAAACGAUCAAUGGCCUGGACAGGCGAUGUCUCUUAAGGUAAGCAAGGUCCUGUACGAUGCACCGACAAAGUAUCAGCACCUUACAGUUUUCGAGACCGACCCCAAGGGUCCAUGGGGAACUGUAAUGACUCUUGACGGGUGUGUUCAGCUUACAGACUUUGACGAAUUUGUUUACCAUGAGAUGCUUGCCCACACCUCUCUGUGCGCGCAUCCAAACCCGGAACGUGUGCUCAUCAUUGGCGGUGGGGACGGCGGUGUUAUGCGGGAGGUGCUGCGUCACGAUACUGUGAAGAAGUGUGAGCUUGUCGAUAUUGACGAGGCUGUGAUGGAGCAAAGCAAGAUACAUUUCCCACAGAUCUCAUGCGGGUUUUCUGACCCGCGAGCGACCGUUCUCGUGGGUGACGGUGCUGCAUUCGUAAAGGAGGCACAGAGCAACACCUACGAUGUGAUCAUUAUUGACACUACAGAUCCUGAAGGGCCUGCCUCAGAGCUCUUUGGAGAGGCAUUUUAUCACAAUGUACUUCGCAUCCUCAAGCCUGGAGGUAUAUGCUGCAAUCAGGGUGAAUCAAUCUGGUUAAACCGCGAUCUCAUUGAGGGGAUGCGGGACUUUAUUAAGAACAAGGUUGGCUUUGCAUCAGUAAAGUAUGGAAUGAUCUAUAUACCCGCAUAUCCGUGCGGCAGUAUUGGUACCCUCAUGUGCUGCAAAGACGCAGAUGCUGAUGUGACCAAACCGCUACGACCUGUUGAGGCGAUGUCCUUUGCAAAGGAUCUGAAGUAUUACACUUCUGAUAUGCACAAGGCGGCCUUUGUGCUUCCUCGAUUCGUGGAACACCUCAACAAGUAA